UAAUUUUUCCCAGGUCGGGUAUAUGUGAAGACCCAAUUCUCCUAUUUUUCCCUCAUUUUUGUAUUAAAACCUAAACCCUAUUUUUGAUUCUCUCUCUCAUUUGGCCGCUAAGAGCUUCACUUACGAUCGACGAAAAAGCAGAAACCCAGGAGAGAGAAAAUGAGUCGAGGAGCAGCAGCAGGAGGUGCCAAGGGCAAGAAGAAGGGUGCAUCCUUCACCAUUGACUGUGCAAAGCCUGUCGAAGAUAAAAUCAUGGACAUUGCUUCUCUUGAGAAGUUUCUUCAGGAGAGAAUUAAGGUCGGCGGUAAGGCCGGUGCUCUCGGUGAUUCCGUUACUGUUACUCGUGAGAAGAACAAGAUCACCGUCAAUUCUGAUAGCAAUUUCUCCAAGAGGUACUUAAAGUAUUUGACAAAGAAGUACUUGAAGAAGCACAAUGUUAGGGAUUGGCUUCGUGUCAUUGCUUCUAACAAGGAUCGUAAUGUGUACGAGUUGCGGUACUUCAACAUAGCUGAGAAUGAGGCUGAAGAAGAAGAUUAGGUCUUUAGAAUAAAGUUUUGAGCUAUCGUGAUUUUCCUUAUGUGAGAUCUCAUAAUUUUGGGAGGAAAAACGAUUCUAUGCAUUCGACACCGUAUCACUUGAGAUUUUUUUUACAACACUUAUUUUUGGUUUUUAUUUAAAAUUAUCUGCAUGUCUUUAGUUUUAAUUUCUGGAAUCUCCCAGCUGUGCCAUACGUUCUGUGGUUAGAGUUAGCAGUUAUUACGAAGAGUAGGAAGAGUUUUAUUGUAGAUUAUGUGAUUUUAUCAUGUUAUCUGUCAUGGUAGCUUGUUUGCUUUCUUUGAAGGGACAUAGGUUCUUGGUAGUUUUUUUAAAUGUUUGUGAAACAUUGUGUUAUUGUGUGUUAA